UGGUCAACAAUAUCUUGUGACUGUGAACUGAGGCUUUCCAGACAGAGAUUGAAAAACUCAUUCAAGCGUGUCUGACAGUGGAUAUACUCAAACGGAAGUAAAUUCUGGAUUCUUGUUUGUUCGGCUCAAGGGAAAGACCAAAGGUGACAAGGCCUCAUGUCCCGGGAAUCCUUCCCUUUCUCCUCAGCCUCCCGCCGCUCCUUCAGGCUGGAACAGGAGAUGCAGGACUGGGAGGAAGCGAGGCGGGAGCUGGCCCACCGGAGAGCCAUGUCCCGGAGGCCGGUGGCCCCUGCCCUCAGCACCAGACCCCAGCCCAGAACCAGGCCAAGGGACGGCAAGCUCCAGGAGAUCCGGGUACAUCAGAUCCGCUGCAGGGACACCUCUGUCCACAACACCUUCAUGUGUGGAGACAUGGGGGGCAUCUAUGCGGUGCUCAGGGAGCCUGGCAUGGUCAACGCACUGAUGGAGACGGUUCAGGAGGAGAUGGUGUGGGCACCAGAGAUGGGCAUGUGGACUCUCUCCUCCAAGACGAAGCAGACGUCGCCACUCCGCCUGGCGGCCAGCAGAGGGCACCAUGGCUGCGUGGAGGAGCUGCUGUUCCGGGGGGCCGAGGUGGACGCGGACCCCGGGGGCCGGACGGCUCUGCAUGACGCCUGCUCGGGCGGCCAUGACACCUGUGUCCAGCUCCUCCUCACCCACGGGGCUGACCCCAACGUGCUGGCGGAGGACGGCAACUCACCCCUUCACCUGUGCAACAACGCAGACACCUAUCAGUGUGCAGAGCUGCUGCUGCAGGCCGGCGCCCACGUGAGCAUCUCCCACCGCCAGAGCCGCCUGACCCCGCUGCACGUGGCGGCCCGCCGGGGCCUGGAGAAGCACGUGGCGCUGCUGCUCUCCCACGACGCCGACGUGGCCGCCCGCAACCUGGAGGGCGAGACCCCGCUCAACGCCGCCUGCUCCGGGGCCGAGAGGCACUCCGAGGCCGGCCGCUACCUGCGCGUGGUCCAGAGGCUGCUGGAGGCCGGGGCCGACCCCAACAAAGCCGGCAAGAAGCAGCACACGCCCCUGCACAACGCCUGCGGCAACUGCAGCCCACGCAUCACGCAGAUGCUGCUGCAGCACGGGGCCUGCGCUGAGGCUGCCAACUGCUUUGGAUACACGCCGAUGGACUGUCUGCUGCAGGUGGUAGAGGACUAUCCUGACCAGCAGCCUGAGGACAUAGCUCGCAGCCUUCUCAAUUAUGGAGCCAAGCCACCAUCGCCAAGGAUGCUGAAGCAGUGUCUCCUAUCUCCAGCCACGUUGGAGGUGAUGAUCAAUUCCUACUCUGUCGUUCCAUCCUGUGAAGAGUGGAUAGAGGAGAUCCCUGAAGAUCUGAAGACGGCAAAUUGCUCCUUUUUUGAGUCUUUGCAGAGAAUGACAGGGCAGCCUCGAUCCUUACAACACCUUUGUCGCUGUUCUCUCAGAUCUUAUUUGGGAGGACGAUGUCUCGCCGCUACAAAUGAACUCAACAUCCCCAGCUCAUUGAGAGACUACUUGUUAUUAUGUUUAGAAGGCGAAAUUCGAUAGGUAUAAUAAAUUAAUUUUUACCCACAAAUAGAAUUCAGUGCAAUAAACAUGCUGAUGCCAUAAGUGUGAAUAUAGUUGAUAAUUAU